CUAACAUAUAACUCACUUGUUAUUACUUGUUUGCUUAUCUUAUAACACGUUUUUUUGCUUUCAUUAUGGAGUGUACUAAUAAUAAGCACCCUUUUGUUUUCUUGUUCUGGCUAGUGUUCCUCACUCCUUUAGUGUGCUCUCAACUUUACUAUAAUUUCUACGACUCAACUUGCCCAAACCUCACCAGAAUCGUUAGAUACAACAUUUUGUCAGCUAUGAACAAUGACACAAGGAUUGCAGCUUCUCUCCUCCGCCUUCAUUUCCAUGAUUGUUUCGUCAACGGAUGUGAUGGAUCUGUGUUGCUUGAUACAACCAGCACUUUUAGUGGGGAGAAAAAUGCUCUGCCUAACAAGAAUUCAGUGAGAGGAUUUGAGGUGAUUGACACAAUCAAAUCAGCAUUAGAGAAGGCAUGUCCAGCCACUGUGUCAUGUGCUGAUAUACUAACUCUAGCUGCAAGAGAAGCUGUUUUUCUUAGUAAAGGUCCAUUUUGGGUUGUCCCUCUUGGUCGUAGAGAUGGCACGACAGCAAGUGAGAGCGAGGCAAACAAUUUGCCAUCACCCUUUGAUCCUCUUGAAAAUAUUACAGCCAAGUUCGUUGCCAAAGGUCUUGAAUUGAAGGAUGUAGCAGUGCUCCUAGGUGCACACACCUUUGGGUUUGCACAAUGCUUUACAUUCAAGGCAAGGCUAUUCAACUUUGGUGGAAGUGGUAAAUCGGAUCCAACACUAGAUGGUUCACUACUACAGAAUCUACAGAACCUAUGUCCAAACCAAGCUAGCUCUGACACAAACUUGGCACCCUUGGAUCCUGUGACAACCAACACAUUCGACAACAUGUAUUACAGAAACCUGCUCAACAAUUCAGGGCUGCUUCUAUCAGACCAGGCUCUAAUGGGUGACAACACCACUGCUUCAUUGGUCAACAUGUAUAGCAAGUGGCCUCUUCUCUUCUUCAGAGACUUUGCUGUUUCUAUGGAGAAAAUGGGCCGCAUCAGUGUGCUCUCUGGACAACAGGGCCAAGUAAGGACUAAUUGUAGGUUUGUCAACUAAACAAAAACGUAAGAAAACAAAAACACUCCAAGUUUGGAUUUGAA